AUGACGAACUGGAUGUACAUAUUAACACACCCGGAAAAACUUUACAACGUAGACGAAAAGGGAUGCCGGAUUCAUAAUCAACAGACUGUUUUGGCGCAAAAAGGAGCUCGACGAGUACAUUUAAUUGCACCAGAGCAUGCUGAAAAUGUAUCAAUCGCUAUUUGGGUCAAUGCUGUCGGGACUCUUAUUUCACCAAUGAUAAUAUUUAAAGGGCAGAGGCAGAAGCCUAAAUUUAGUGACAAUUUACCAACUGGCAGUUUCAUAAAAAUGUCACCGAAAGUCAUGACAACCGAAUUAUUUCUGGAAUUCAUAGAAGAAUCUUGGUUUUGCCGUGCUUGCAAAGAAGAUCAUGUGUCGGAUAUGCGACAAUUAGCAAAAGUAAAACCAGUUGGUGGUAUCGUAGGCAAAAAAUUUGUACCGCUAACGGAAAUACCUCCACCCCAAGUGCCACACUCGAAAUCAGGAAGAAGACAUUUUGAAGACGAAUGCAGCAAACGGCCGCCAGCUCGAGAAGUAUACGAUGGGAACCAAGUAGAUAUUGUGGGAGAUUACUACGACGAGAGAGUGGCAAAAACCGUCGCCACUGUUGUCAUACCUGAUCAUAUCGAUUUUAAACAUUUCCAAGUAACGACUCAAGUGCCUUACCUUACACUGGGUCCAAUAGAAGCCAUAGGCUACCAUCCUAGUACCAUAAAAAGUGAACAUCCCAGCGAAUGCGAGAAGAUAUACCAGGAUCACAUAGCGGAAAUGUAUUCCGAUGAAACUACAGACUACUCUGAGGAGUCUUUGGAAAUGGCGAAAAUGCCCGUACAACCUAUCCCCAGGUCUUUAGAACAACGCAUCGCUGAAAUGUACGAUACAAUAUAA